UGAAAGAAAUAUGCCAUAGCUACGAACAUACACGCAUAUUCUGCCAAGAAGAAGAGCGAUAUGUUGUUCAUUCUUGUGUUCCUCAAUAUCCUCUCGGUCAAACUUGUUCUGUCACUUAUGUGUCUAUCCUGUAGAGAGUCUAUCCAACCCCGCCAUUGUCAUAGUAUAGCUUACUGUGCCGAGGAUGAGGUUUGCUUCGUAGAAAGAGUUGAAUCACUUUAUGGUGUAAGGUUUAACACGGGCUGCCUUCAAAGACAAGUUUGCAGAGAACAGAAUCAAACUCUUCACAUACAUGGAAAUGAUGACGGUAAUCUUCGCCCGCCCACGUGUACGGAGUGCUGUGAUACUGACCUCUGUAAUGCUCAGGGGUGCAGUGAACCAGGGUACCCUCCACUGAGUAGAAGAGGACCUGUCUGUUUAGCUUGUACUCAGCACUUUGACAGUCAAGAAUGUCAACAGAUAGCUCACUGUAGAGAUUCUGAGCUGUGUUUUAUAAAGGAGGAAUCUGAAUUCGGUGAUAAAGUUUAUUCUUCUGGGUGCUUGCCAUUUCAGCAAUGUAUAAGCAUUGUGUCCAAUACUCACGCCGUGUUGGAUUUAUCAAAUAUGCAUCAUCACACAUACUCAACAACAAGAAAAGCGACUACACAAUUACCGACGUCAAGGACAACUCAAGCAACAACACAGCUACCGACGUCAAGGACAGCUCAAGCGACAACACAAAUAACAACAGGGACAACUAGACCAACAUUACCAAUACUGACUUUUAGGCCACAUACAGCAACACCUAUUUUAUCGACUACAACUGAUGCAGAUCCAGUUCCUAUAGUUGGUAGGAGAGAAAACAAUAGACAGAGAAGGUUUACAUCUUGUGAACACUGUUGCCGAGGCGAUUUGUGUAAUAAUGUCUGCGUACACUACAGCAAAAUAACUCCUACACCACACUAUUUCACUGGAUCACCAAGCGGUUGAGGAAACCCGGAAUUUUCUG